CCUGAGCAGCUGAUGUGACAGGCAGAAGCCUGUGUUUACUUCCCCAACCGCUCCCAAGGGAUCUGCAUAGGCCCCUCAUAACUUCUUCCAGACAGAUUUUUUUCCCCUUGAGUUGCCUCCGGAACAGCCCAAGGAAGCGGAGUCUGGCUAUUGGGAUGUCCAGCGAGAUUGCAGAAGGCGCUAUGGUGAAGGAGGCCACUUCCUCGGAUAGGGAGCUUGUUGAGCCCUGCGACACUGACAGGGCAGAAAUCAACCUGCAUGCAGUGGAAUCCAUUAGCGACUUGCACUACGCAUCCGGCAGACCGGAGGGCUUCAAGGCUUCGGAAGGGAGCAGCCAAUCUCAGCCUAACACCCCCUGGACUCCGCACAGUGCUUCCUCCAAGCAUUUCUUCUUCCCGAAUGAAGAGGACCCCUCCUUCCUGCCAGUCCAGAAUUUGCACAUUGCCCCCGAUUUCUUCUGCUGCCCCUGCUUCAGCCCCACGUGCUGCCCCACAGGCUUCUUCGCUCUCCUCGGCGUGCUGGUAGUGGCCAGCCUUGGCCUGGCCACGCUGGCGGUCUAUCUGAGCGUCCUGCAGCGCGAGUCACUCCGUGUCCUCAGCCAGUGGCUGGAGUCCCAAGAAGAGGCCAUCCGGCAGAUGAGAGCUGUGAGCGUACAGCUCUGGAGGCAGCUCAACGCCAGCGAGCCCGGGGCUCAAACCUGAGUUGCACUGCUCACCCACAGCCUCCUUUUGGGGGCGCUCAAUUCCAGUGCGACAGAAGAGGGGACACCAACUCACUGCUUGGCACCUUUUGGACACUGACCUGUGCUGGUUUGGACUGUGUGAUCCCAGAAGCUUAAAAAAAAAGCUCUUUUGAAUCACGGGUGGGUCUUGUGAGGUUCGUGUGUCUUAUUGGAAGCAAAAGCUGGAGACCUUGAGGCUGCCUCAGGCGGAGAGGGGGCAGGCAGGCAGGCAGAUGUCCUACCGAGGAGUAAAGCAAUUGGGGGUGGGGGGGGGUCUGCUCAGCAGCCUCCCACCAAGGGCAGCAUCUCAGCCACUCUUCCUUUCCUUCCUCCACAGCAUUUUAAAAGACAUCACCUCCAUCUUCUCUGUUUUUUCGCUCUGCUUCACUCUAUGAUUAUUUAAUGGUUUGCCAAUGGAGCACCUAUGCAGAAGUGCCUGACAGCACAAAAUAAAACCCUCAAGUUUCUGCUGCCA